CUCCUCCUCCUCCAGCCCUUGUGCGGGACUCCAUUUUCCAGUCCCAAAGUCUCCAAGGAAGGGGCCGGGGGAGCCCAUCGCCAAGAUGGACUAGCGCGCCAGCCUUUCCUUUCUCCAAGCGUCGCCCUUCCGUCUCGGGCGGCCGAAGCCGGGAGCGUCCGCCCGGCCGUCCUCCCGCCGCCGGGGCUCGCUCGCCAGCCCGCCAGCCAGCCCCAUCGCUUCCUCGAUCGCUCGCGGCUCGCCGUGGACGCGCCCGCGCGCGGAGUGUAGUGGGGGGGGAAUCCCUUCGCCGAGCAUGGAUGAUCCGGGCAGGCUGAUCCAAGCGCGGGGGGCGGUCGGGAUCGCGGGGCACCCCUCGGUCCAGGGGGUCCAAGCCAUGACCCCCCACGCUCUCCACGAGCCCCCUUCGGAUAACGGAGAGCCCCGGAAGCAAGAUAUCGGCGACAUCCUCCAGCAGAUCAUGACCAUCACCGAUCAAAGCUUGGACGAAGCGCAAGCAAAUUUCAACUGCAGGAAACACACGCUGAAUUGUCACCGCAUGAAACCGGCUCUCUUCACCGUCCUUUGUGAAAUCAAAGAGAAAACAGGGCUGAGCAUCCGGAGUUCGCAAGAGGAAGAGCCGGUAGACCCACAGCUGAUGCGCCUGGAUAACAUGCUCUUGGCCGAAGGGGUGGCUGGACCCGAAAAAGGGGGCGGUUCUGCGGCAGCAGCGGCAGCGGCGGCGGCAGCAGGAGGGGUGUCCCCCGACAACUCCAUUGAGCACUCGGAUUACCGCAACAAGCUUUCGCAAAUCCGCCAGAUCUACCACUCGGAGCUGGAAAAGUAUGAGCAGGCUUGCAAUGAGUUCACAACCCACGUGAUGAAUUUGCUUCGAGAGCAAAGCCGCACACGCCCAGUGUCGCCUAAGGAGAUUGAGCGCAUGGUCAGCAUCAUCCAUCGGAAGUUCAGCUCUAUCCAGAUGCAGCUGAAGCAGAGCACGUGUGAGGCGGUCAUGAUCCUGCGUUCACGCUUCCUGGAUGCCAGGCGGAAGCGACGCAAUUUCAGCAAGCAAGCCACCGAGGUCCUGAAUGAAUAUUUCUACUCGCACCUGAGCAACCCGUAUCCCAGCGAGGAGGCCAAGGAGGAGCUUGCCAAGAAAUGCGGCAUCACCGUCUCGCAGGUCUCAAACUGGUUCGGGAACAAGCGCAUCCGUUAUAAGAAGAACAUCGGCAAGUUCCAAGAGGAAGCCAAUAUUUACGCCGUGAAAACGGCGGUCAGCGCCGCACAGAGCGGGGGCGACUCUCCCAACACCCCCUCCUCCGCGGGCUCCGGGGGCUCCUUCAAUCUCUCUAGUUCGGGGGAUAUGUUCAUGGGCCUUCAAGGGCUAAAUGGAGACUCCUAUUCUACAUCACAGGUGGAGUCGAUGCGUCACUCCAUGGGGCCUGGUGGCUACGGGGACAGUAUGGCUGCCAACCAGAUGUACAGCCCACGAGAAAUGAGGGCCAAUGGGGGCUGGCAGGAAGCAGCCACUCCAUCUUCUGUCACCUCCCCAACAGAAGGUCCUGGCAGCGUCCACUCUGACACCUCCAACUGAUUGUGCUGCGGUAGCCGUCCCCCCCCCCCCUCUUUUCACGUUCGUCCUGAUGCCAGGGAAGAGAAAAAAACGCCAGUUGUGAAUGGGCUGGGCAGAGAGACAUGACUCUUUUCAUUGCCUUAGGGUCACCGCAUCACCGUGCCGGGGAAGGGUGGGGAGGGGAUGCGACGACCCAGUGAUCCUUUGGGUCAGAUCACUUUUGAGAUGCAUCCAUUGGAGAGAAGACGGUCGUCCUUCUGUGAUCCUGAGUGACAUCUUUGAUAACCAAGACCUGACUCUUUUUAAGCAUCCUGGAGGGGGAGAACCCAGCAUUAUCGGGAGGUGGGUGGGAACGGGUGGGAGGUGGUGUCCCAAAUGGCUUAUCGGAUUUGCAGGGGUCAAGGGAUAAGCUACUGUGGUACCUGCAACCAAUAUCAUCGUCUGAUGGAUCGGUUUCAUAAGGUUAUACCUGCCCCGCCCCCAAAAGAUCUGCGAUGGCAACAUGGACGGAUCUCUUGUAAGAGAAGGAGCGAAGAAAGCUUGCCGGAUGGAUGGGGCUCGUGUUGGCAUCUCUCCAUGAUGGGAUGAUUCCAAAGGGAUAGACAGAAAGGUGUCUUCCUGUCCAGUUUAACCGGAUGAAACCGUGGGUGAUUCGGAUCCUGUCCUAGAUGGCGCUUCCUUCAUAUGUUGUCAUCGAGGAUACCCGCUUCUCCUGUGGGAUGUUUCUGAAAACGAGAAGUGCUCUUUUUCUCGCUCCUGUCUUGCGAACGGGAUUGUGUGGAGUCACGAAGCUACCCUUCUUGGACCGAAUCACCCAACAUGCCUUUCCAUAUCAGUGGUUUUCCUGCAUCUGAAGACCUAAAGUUGGGAAUAUCCAUCUGUAUUGGAAAGGAAGACAUUUCUCAGGCAGAUCUCCUUAAAGAAAAGGUGUGGGGAGCCAAGGUGUGUAAUGUCGGUAAGGAGGUUAGAGACGAGACUUACCUUUAUCCAAAGGUAGUGGUAGAAUUCCAUUAGAGCAGCAGUCCCCAACCUGCUUGGGGGUGGGUGGGAGGGCAGAGGGGAACCAGCCCGCUGCUCAUGAAAGUCAAACUGCAAUCACACACAUGCACACAUGUGCUUCGGCCAGCUGGUCACGUGGCCUGAUUCCAAACAGGCUGCGGCCUGGUAGUAGGCUGCGACCAGCGGGUUGGGGACUUCUGCAUUAGAGCAGUUAAAGGUCUUUAAGGAAGGAGAAGUAGUAUUAAGCACAACAUUAGGGAGGACUGGGGUUCUAGAACAGGGCUUUUCAAAACUACGUUGAGUGGAACCUUAAGACGCCACGAGACUUUGAUGGGGUUCCAUAAAGUGGGGGGAAAAAGAAUAAUAAUACGAGAAUAACAGAGUUGGAAGGGACCUUGGAGGUCUUCUAGUCUCAACCCCCUGCUCAAGCAGGAGACCCUAGACCAUUUCAGUCAAAUGGUUGUCCAACCUCUUCUUUAAAAGUCCGGUGAUGGAGCAUCCAAAAACUUCUGAAGGCAAACCGUUCCACUGAUUAAUUGUUCUGUCAGGAAAUUUCUCCUUAUUUUUAGGUUGGUUCUCUCCUUGAUUAAUUUCCAUCUAUUGCUUCUUGUCCUGCCUUCAGGCGCUUUGGAGAAUAGCUUAACCCCCUCAGAUAUUGAAUACACUGCUGUUUGUUGAAUGUGACAGUUUGCUGUCACUGGAGUUUUGACUCUUGAUCAGGGAUCCCAAGAAUUAUAUUUUUUUUUUACUCACCAUUUUGUGGCCUGAAAGCAGGGGUGAAAUGCUACCGGUUCAGACCGGUUCGGCUGAACCAGUAGCAGCGGCGGUGUGUGGUUCGGAGAACUGAUAGUGGCGCAAGGCUCCGCCCACCCGCCCCAGACCAGUAGUGGGUUUCAAAAAUUUUUACUACCGGUUCUGUGGGUGUGGCUUGGUGGCCGUGGCAUGGCUUGGUGGACAUGGCAGGGGAAGGAUACUGUAAAAUCUCUAUUCCCUCCCGAUCAGCUGGGACUUGGAAGGCAGAGAACAGAUGGGGGCAGGGCCAGUCAGAAUUUUUACUACCGGUUCUCCGAAGUAUUAAAAAUUUCUGCUUCUGGUUUUUCAGAACUGGUCAGAACCUGAAACCCACCUCUGGCCCAGACGUCGUUAUUUUAACUAGGAAGUAACCUGUUUUUGACCCUCUGCGCAUGUGCAGAAGGCUUUGCCCGUGUGCAGAGAGUCCAAGCAUGCAGACUGUGCACUUCUGAACCAGUAGGGAAGGUAAAUAGAUUUUACCCCUGCCUGAAAGUAUCUGGAAAAAGUCUGCCCUGGAAUACCGUAUUUUUUGGAGUAUAAGACACACAUUAGUGUAGAUUGGCCUCCCGGAAUACCCCCAAUCAGCUGUUCUCAGAGGUGAAUUUUAGCAACAGGUUCCUUGGUUGUGAGCUCUGUGCCUUGCUUUUUUUGGCUUUUUUUUCUGCCUCUGAAAUUCCAUUUCAGAAAAAACUUUUUCCUGCCUCAGAAAAAACUUUUUUCUGCCUCUGAAAGCCUCCGAAACAGAGCUUCAGAAAAAAUUCUCUGAAGCUCUGUUUGCUGAAGCUUCGUUUCUGAUGCUUUUUUCAGCCUCUGAAACCUCCAUUUGAGAAGUUGGGCGGGGCUACAUUUGGAGUGUAAGACGCACCCAGAUUUUCAUCCUCUUUUUUGGGGGGGAAAAGGUGCGUCUUAUACUCUGAGAAAUACAGUAAUUAGGGGAAAUCAGCUUGGACUCUCAGCUUACUAUAAAUGCUACAUCAUGGCUAGUAGUGGGAAUUUGAAUUCCAUAGAGAUAUACAGGACUUCAGAGUAUAAAGGUGCACCUCAGUGCAUACAGGCACAUACACAACACCUGUUGGCACCCUCUUAAAGAAACUCUGUCUUUUCCUUUAAUCACAUUAGCCCCAUGCAUCAGGAGAAGGCCUAUUUAAGUUAAGGAGACAACCGCAAACCUACACCCACAUCCACUCUGAAGCACUUUGUCACACCCUGUCGGAGUAGCUUUAACUCAAAGCUUGUAUUUUCUUGGGAUUGACUGAGUACCAUACAGUUCUAUGUAUCUGAGGAGAUCCUCGGUCAUUCAAGUCAUAAUUUGUCUCAAUGGUUCUUUUUUCAAAAGAAUUCACUGGACUGCAAAAAAAAAAACACAGGAAAAAAAGCACCUUUGAGAUACAUCCCUAUGGCAAGACGUGAUUCUUUAAAAAGGAAGGCCUAAUGUGCUCCUUUUUAGCAUCAGAUUUAAUGAAGUGCUGAACUUUGUAAACCUUUUGUUUUCUGUUCUUAACAGAA